AUGCCUCUGUGUUCCAAGGUUUUGGCACUGAUGGUGCUCUACGUACCCUGUGUGUCAUCAUUUCUCCUGCAACCUGACAACGCUUGUCCAGCACCUUACCCAUGUCUGUGUCGAGGUGACAGCAUCCAUUGUGGUCAAGCCCAGCUCAAAACUAUACCCGUCUUUACAGCAUCACGCAAGUCAUGGUCCGUCUACCUCAACUACAACAGCAUCUCUGUCAUUCCAGAUAACGCAUUUAAGAAUAUCAAAAUCAAAGAAUUAAUCCUGGACACGAUGAAUCUAUUGAAGCCUGUGACCAUUGCUGAUAAUGCCUUCCAGGGACAAGAAGCAACCUUGAAUAAACUCAGUAUGGUCAACUGUGGGCUGACCUCUCUUCCUCCAGCUUUCAGAAAGCUGAAUGCCUUCACCGACCUGGCUCUGGAUGGCAAUGCCAUUUCUCAAUGGGACAACGACGCUAUGCGUACCCUCGGGAGGGGCCUGACCAGAUUCAGUGCCAGAUCCUUCUCAGGAACUUCCUACGCAUGGACUCGUCAGUUUGCCUACAUGAGAAGACUUGAAUUCCUGGAUCUCUCUGACAGUCCGCGUUUUGUUCCAGAUUUGGACAAGUUCGUUCUUCUGAAUGACACGCUUACAAAGUUAAUUUUGAUCAGGAUGGGGAUGACCCAGGUACCCGACGUUUUAAAGCAUUUUCCCAAGCUGACAGAGCUAGAUAUGGGCUAUAAUAAACUGACGGAAACUAGUAUCAAGGGGGAUUCAUUUGCAUCUCAAACUGAACUCCAGUUCCUUACAAUCUCCUACAAUCAACUCAACACAACCCCCGAUGGACUUUCAAAUUUGAAGACUGUCACCUAUCUGGACAUUAGCGGGAACCCAAUGACGACGAUGGACAUCUCAAAGCUGCCCACCGGUAUUGUACGAUUGAUUGCAAAUCACGGUGGCCUGAAAACGAUCCCUGCUAAUCUUCAACGGUUGACGAAGUUAGAAGAGCUCAAUAUGUACACCAAUCACAUAACAGCUAUCAGUGAGAAGGACCUCAGUCAUUUGCCAAAUCUUAAAACAAUCUUCUUGGGAGGAAAUUAUUUGACUUCGCCCUUGCCUGUCAAUGCGUUAAUUGGAGAUACAAAUCUGGACCAGACAGCUCUCUUUAGAGUUUAACAGACGUAACAAUGUCGUGUUCUCCUUCUGUGUUAUUCGCUCCUUACCAAAGCUGUUGUACCUGACAGUACAGAAUCCAGUAUGCACCUGUUCAAGUGACAUUCCCCAGUGGUGGAGCGGAGUCACAAAGAAGCCGGACCUUGAAGGUCACUGCCUCAACACGUCUAAGAAAAUGAAAGACUUGCUCACAAACUGUCAACCUUAGAUUGUUAACCAGAGCUAUUCAGCGGGUUCUAGGAUUAUCAUGUCUAAAAUAGACCUGUUAUGUCUU